CAUGUUGUAGCAGCCCUGCCUCAGCCUCCCGUGCGGCGGGAAUACGGGUGUGAGGCUCGUGAGGCACUGUCUGGCUGCACUGACAUACCACCCCAUGUUCGGUGCUUUGAACGGGGCAGGAGCAGGCACCGCGGAGUGGGAGUCAUCUGAUCCUCCCCUGGAGGACUCUGCUCGUAGGGGAAAAAAAGGUGUCAUGGCUGGGACUGGCCACUAGAGGCUCUCAGGGCUGGGCAAGGUAUGGGGUCUGUGUAUAUGUGAUCUCCCACCACUCCCCACCUGGCCAGAGCUAAAAUAAUAAAAUGCUGAGCUCACUGUUCCCCCACUCUCUCCCCCGGCACCAGACUCCUCCUGCUGACCGGACGGUGCCCUAGUAGAACAGACGGACCAACUGACAAGGGGAGGUGAGAGGUGGCAGCUAGGACUGGUGGGUGGGAAAAGAGGGGUCUUCUGGGUAAGGGCCUGGUGGGUGAUAGGAAGGAAGAGUGGCCCCAGGGGAGGUGAGCUGGUGUGUCCUUGCCUCUGUCACUCUGUAUGUUUCUGUAACGUCCCUGUCCUGACUCUGUGCGGCUUAUGUUGCUAAUGUCUCCCUUUCAGGAUCAUCUUCCAUGUUAAGCAUGAUGUGUAUAUAGAGGUCGGGAGCAUUUUCCACAUAGUAAAAGGUUGCAAGCUUACUUGUCCCACUACCCCAUUUAGAAGGCUUUGUUGUUUUUGUCCAGAGCUCUGGUGUCACCUUUCUGGUGACAAACUAUGGGAACCGAAUGCCUUCUGAGGCCAUAUUGCCCUUCUCCCAAUCUGGAAGUGCCCCAGCUUCUAAGCCUUACUUUCCCCUCACAGUUUAGAAUUUUAGCAAAUACAAACAGUAAGAUCUUGGUCCUUUACAGUAAAGGAGGAAAUGAGAAUGGCAUAAGAGGCUGCCAAUCCAACCCAGCCAUUCUUCCUCACUUACCAGUUUUGGAAGAGGCCUGGGUGUUGGGGAAGAGAGGAGGAAUUUCCCUGGAGCUCUCUGUCACCCCCUCCUACCUUUCAGUGGGAACUGGGCAUGCAGCCAGCUGUGCUGGCAGGGCCUCCAGCAGCUGUGUCAAGGCAGAGACACUGUUGGGUAAAGUAGGGGAGGGCCCUCCAUCAUAGUGGGUGCACAGACCCAGCCUGGAGCUUAGACUCCCCAGCCAGACUGGCUGCAAAGUGCAGGAACUAGGAAGGAAACUGUAAGGAUGAAUGGUCUAAUCUUUCCGUCCCCAGUAGACCCUGGUCUCCAAGGUAUCUAGCUCAGUGUUCUAACCAUGGCUGGACUUCUGUGUCCUCAGUAUCCAUGUUCAACACCUUUUCCCAUAUCCCUCCAGCCUGUGAGUGUCGCACGGUGGGGAAGGGGUAGGGGCCACCAUGUCAUCAUAUCAGAAGGAACUGGAGAAAUACAGAGACAUAGAUGAAGAUGAGAUCCUAAGGACCUUGAGCCCCGAGGAGCUGGAACAGCUGGACUGUGAGCUACAAGAAAUGGACCCUGAGAAUAUGCUCCUGCCAGCUGGACUGAGACAACGUGACCAGACAAAGAAGAGUCCAACAGGGCCACUAGACCGAGAUGCCCUGUUGCAGUACCUGGAGCAGCAGGCACUGGAAGUCAAGGAACGUGAUGACUUGGUGCCCUUCACUGGCGAGAAGAAAGGGAAACCCUAUAUUCAGCCCAAGAGGGAAAUCCCAGCAGAGGAGCAGAUCACGCUGGAGCCCGAGCUGGAGGAGGCACUGUCCCAUGCUACAGAUGCUGAAAUGUGUGACAUUGCAGCCAUCCUGGGCAUGUACACACUGAUGAGCAACAAGCAAUACUACGAUGCCAUCUGCAGCGGGGAGAUCUGUAACACCGAAGGCAUUAGCAGUGUGGUACAGCCUGACAAGUAUAAGCCAGUACCAGAUGAACCCCCAAAUCCCACAAACAUUGAGGAAAUGCUAAAGAGAGUGCGGAGUAAUGACAAAGAGCUGGAGGAAGUGAACCUCAAUAACAUACAGGACAUCCCGAUACCCGUGCUCAGUGAGUUAUGUGAAGCAAUGAAGACUAACACCUAUGUCCGGAGCUUCAGUCUGGUGGCCACAAAGAGUGGUGACCCCAUCGCCAAUGCGGUAGCUGACAUGUUGCGUGAGAACCGUAGUCUCCAGAGCCUGAACAUUGAAUCCAACUUCAUCAGCAGCACAGGGCUCAUGGCUGUGCUGAAGGCAGUUCGGGAGAACGCCACUCUUACCGAGCUCCGUGUAGAUAACCAGCGCCAAUGGCCUGGUGAUGCAGUGGAGAUGGAAAUGGCCACUGUGUUAGAGCAGUGUCCCUCUAUUGUGCGCUUCGGGUACCACUUUACACAACAGGGACCACGAGCUCGGGCGGCCCAGGCCAUGACCCGGAACAACGAGCUGCGUCGCCAGCAAAAGAAAAGAUAGCGUCACCCUUCCUUUUGCUAACGAGAUGAGAGCCCUGGACACAUAAGUCCUCAUCUCUCUUCCCUUUCCUGUAAAUAAAAUCCC